UCUGAAAUUUUCGUCACUUUUAUUUUAUUGUUCUCCCAAAAUUCAGUGAUACAAAUUGUCCUAGUGAUUUUUAUCUGUCGGUUGUGACCAUGAAAGUACCGCGGACACCCGAGUGGGUGACCUCCCUCUCCGUAGACCAGGCCGUCCAGUCCAUGCUCGAGAGCGGAGACCGCAUCCUGGCCGUUUUGCCCAGUGUCCACCUCAUCCAAUUCCGCAACUGCACCGUCCUCCUGCCUAUCCGCGUCAAGGUCCAGCAAAAGGACUUCUCAGUGAAGAAGGUGUCCUUUAUUUUGAAAGCCCAGCACGGCAGCAACUUCCAAGCCAAAAUAAUGAGCCAGCUAAAGCUGUUCCUGCGAGAGCAUCACAUGUACCACACCGUCUUGCCCAAGUUUGAACAGCUUUACAAAAACGUUGGCGCGAAUAUACGCUUUGCCCCCAGGGCCUUUAAGCUGGACCACCCUAUCGGGGUGAACUACAUGCUGCUGGAGGAUCUGAAAGCCGAAGGAUACAAGAACGCAGUGCGGUCCGAUGGCUUCAACCUGAAGUGCCUGAAGCAGGUCCUCAAGAAGCUGGCCCAGUUUCAUGCCGCUUCAGUCGUCUACGUGGAGAAACACGGCGUAUUCAGCAGACUGCUGACGCACGGAGUCUACACGAAGGCCAACCGACCCAUCCUGCAGGAGCUGUCCGAUCCGAAUGCCUUUCUGACGCAGCUGCGCAGGUUGCGCGUAGGCGAGCGGUUCCACAAGCGACUGGCAGACAAGGAGCAGGACCUCGUCGACGAAGUACUGAAGCUGCACACUCCCAACUCCAUGCAGUUCAAUGUGCUCAACCACGGCGACUGCUGGGUGAACAAUGCCAUGUUCCGGUUCGACGAUGUGGGAAAUGUUGAGGACACUGCGCUGCUGGACUACCAAAUGGUCAAAUACGGGUCACCAUCCAAUGACCUGUACUACACUAUUCUCUCCUCCGCCGAGCGGGACAUUAGAUUGGCCAAGUUCGAUAACAUGGUCCAAUAUUAUUUCUACCACUUGCUAGGUAAUCUCAAGCUUCUCAACUACCAGAGUCCCCCACCAAAGCUCGAGGAUAUUCAGGAUGGUCUCAGCAAGAACGGACUAGCAGCCUACGUUGUUGUGUCACGGGUAAUGCCCAUUUCGCUGAUGAACCAAUUCGAAGACGAGGUCAAUGAUGACUAUGCCUCCAAAAUGAAGUGCUCCAUGUACACCAAUCGAAGGUAUAUACAGGCGGUUAAAGAGAUCCUGCCCUGGAUGGAGGAGCGGUCACUGUUAGAUUAGGUACCAAGAAGUGGACUUCAAAUAUUUCAACUAUCAGGAGCUUAUUUUAAACAAUAAAGUAUAUACUUUAUUUAUAUAUAUAUUUUUACAUAUAUAAGACCUCAAAAUAUGUUGUCAACAUGAAGCUGAUGUAAUAAAAAUACGAGUAAUAUCUUGA